UAAAAUGACGAAGAUUAAAGGUGUAGUCACCGCCACCCUAAUCUUUGCUCAUACUCGAGGAACCUUGAAACUUGAAAGUAGAGUAGAAACUCUGAAGAAUCUCCUCUUUCUAUUUUAUCUUUAAUCUUUAACUCAUCAAAACCCUACCAUUUUUAAAUUUUCGUUCAAGUUUAGCGUUUCUAAACAAUAUAAAAAUAAAAACCACACAAGAUAAACUCUACUAUUCUUGUGUCGCUUCCAUUCCAUUCCAAUUGCCCGCAAAACUUCUCGAUUGGGAUCGUGUUUAAUUUUAACAAUGGAGAAAACAGUUGUUAAAGUUCGAUGCCAGAGGAUUGGUUGCGAUGCUAUGUUCUCCGAGGACGACAAUUCCGAUGGUUCCUGUCGAUACCAUGAUUCGGGACCUAUAUUUCAUGAUGGCAUGAAAGAAUGGAGUUGCUGCAAGAAAAGAAGUCACGAUUUUAGCUUGUUUUUGGAAAUUCCAGGAUGUAAGACAGGAAAACAUACAACAGAGAAACCAGUAAUUGCACCGGCUAAGAAAAAGCCUGUGCCCCCUCCAACUGCUGCUCCCCCAGCUAAUGUGACAUUGAGGGACUCUUGUUCGAGGUGCCGACAGGGUUUCUUUUGCUCAGAUCAUGGUUCACAAGGCAAAUCUGUAAAUAUUGUUGGAGAGGUUUCUGCAGAAAACAAAUCAAGUGUUGAGGCUUUAAAACCUCCUAAAAAGAUAGUUGACAUAAAUGAACCCCAAAUAUGCAAAAAUAAAGGAUGUGGUCAAACUUUCAAGGAGAAGGAUAAUACUGACACUGCUUGCAGUUACCAUCCAGGCCCUGCUGUUUUUCACGACCGGAUGAGAGGGUGGAAGUGCUGUGAUGUUCAUGUAAAAGAAUUUGACGAGUUUAUGAGCAUUCCUCCAUGCACAAAGGGAUGGCAUAAUGCCGACCCAUGAAGAUAUCAAAUAAGGGGUUCUCUUCCUGCAGUCAAUGUUUGCUUUUAUUGAAAUGGAAAGUGUUGUUGACCAAUGCAGUAUUUUUGUGUCAUUAAUUAGAAUAAUAUAACCCCACCCCCCUUCAUUUGAUGUCCCUCGUCCUCUUUCAAUUGGUCAGCCUCUAUAGUUAACCUUAGGAAGUCACUGCAUAAAAUUACUGUGAUGAUAUAGGAUGUGAAUUUGUUGUCAUGUGAUCCUUUUAUUUUUGGUCAACAUUGUCAUGUGUUCCUUCAAUUUCACAAACUGCUUCUGCGUGACCAGUUUGGACUCAUUUAAUCUAUGUUGUACCAUGGUUUUGAACAGAAUGUUUGUUUUGGCCGAAAAGAUAUUCUCCUUGUUGAUUAGGUA